UGCCACUGAGAAAAUAGCCCACUACUACUACUACUACCACCACCACUACUACUACUAGCCCCAGCAGCUACUGAACACACCAAACACAUACAGGGACACGAUGGGAACUCUGAGAGUGUUAAUACUCUUGUCCUUUAUACCGUCACCAUGGGUGCUCUGCUCAACUGGGAAACACUUUAACCAGGAUUCAACCCUCAGACUGGAACAACAGGAUGUAUUGAUCAACAGAGAAGAUAAUCUGGAAGCAAAGAGGUCUAAGAGAGAGGCAGCAGCGUUGUGGCUGGGAGAGGCCUAUGACUCCAGCAUGGUCUUUCUGCCUGCUGAUGAACCAGAUGAUGCCCCAGCUGAGGGGGGUGAUGCCUCGGAGCUGCCCACAUGCCUGCUGUGUGUGUGUCUGACCGGCUCUGUGUACUGUGAGGAGGUCGUUCCAGAGAUGACUGCUGUGCCCACCCUGCCCAAGGAGACCGCCUACCUCUACGCCCGUUAUAACAAGAUCAAGAAGAUCACCAAUAAAGACUUUGCAGAUAUCGUGACUCUGAAGAGAAUCGACCUAACGGGGAACCUGAUCUCAGAGAUUGAGGAAGGAGCGUUCUCUAAACUGACCCUGCUGGAGGAACUCAAUUUGGCUGAGAACCAACUGGUCAAGCUACCCAUGCUGCCCGGCAAGCUCACCACCUUCAACGCCAACCACAACCGGCUCAAAACCAAAGGGGUCAAGGCCAACGCCUUCAAGAGAAUGGAGAAGCUGAUCAACCUGUUUCUGGGAGACAAUGCACUGGAGGCUGUACCGGUGAUCCCGGAGAGCGUCCGUAUUGUCCACCUGCAGAACAACAACAUCACGAAUAUCAGCUUGGAGACGUUCUGCAAGGGCAACAACACGUACUACGUCAGACCCAACCUGAUGGAGGUGAGGUUGGAUGGGAACCCAGUGCUGCUGUCCAAGUACCCCAACAGCUUCACCUGCCUCAAGUCUCUCCCCGUCGGACAGUACCGCUAAAAAGACUAAACUCCCUUGGGGGAAAAAGGUCUUCUGUUCUGACGUCAUUGUGACUUCCUGGUUAAAUAAAAGGUUCAGUAGAACUUCUACAGGGGCGUAUACAGUCAGGUAAACAUUUUAUUAUGAACGUUGCGGAUAACAGCCAUGUAAUGAAUAGAUCAAACACGAUUCCUUAUUCUACUUGACAAAGACAAGACCAAUCUACACCAUACAUUCCAUUUAUGUCUGAAUGUUCUUCUGUAAAAAUUGUGCCCAGGUCUUUCUCAGUCUCUUUCAGAAUGACUAGCGGCUGGGACUGAAAUGUUAGUAAUCUCACAUUAGCAAACUAGUCUACGUUGACUACAAGGCUUUGAACGGAUCGCCCGUUUCCUGAUUAUAAAAAGGUUAUUUUACAUUUGGAUUUGUUCAAGUUAUGUUCCAAGACCAAAUCAGCUAAGUAGUCAGGAAGACUUUGUAAAUACACAUUUUCUAUGAAUGGUUUCUUUUGGAUAGUGUUUGACUUCUUUAAAACAUUGAGUCAAGCUUUUGGCUUUCCUCCGAAUUCUGUGAAUUACUUUCAUGUAAACUGGUUCCUAACUUAACAACUCAAGUAGAAGUUGAUGAGAAAAUAUAUAUCUUUGAAAUACGUAUAUAUAGUGAUGUGAACCUAAUGUGACUGUGCUCACAAUAUCAUAAGCUUUGAUAUUAAAAAUGGUAAAAUGAGAGGAGGUAUUAUUUUCUUAAGUUACUCAUUUUAGAAAUUAUUACUUAUGUGAAUAAACAAAUAUGAUGUACA